AUGGCAGAAGUCGCCCCAGCUGCACCCACUGCACCGGCUAAAGCCCCGAAGAAGAAGGCAACCAAACCGAAGAAGUCUUGUCCAAGCGCCAGGGAACUCGUCCUGAAAGCAGUGGCUGCUUCCAAGGAUCGUAAAGGCCUUUCUUACGUGGCGGUGAAGAAGGCUCUGGCUGGUCAGGGUUACGACGUGGAGCAUAACAGCGCUCAGAUCAGACGCGCCGUGAAAACCUUGGUGGUCAAAGGAGCGCUUGUCCAAACCAAAGGAACUGGGGUUUCUGGAUCCUUUAAGGCAGUGAAAGCUGCGGAGAAACCAAAGAAGACGCCGAAGAAAGAAGCUGUCAAAACCAAGAAACCCGCUGCAAAGAAGCUAAACGCCGCCAAGAAACCCAAAGCAGCUAAAACUACCCCGAAGAAGGCAAAAAAACCCGCCGCUGCCAAGAAACCAGCGACCAAGAAAGCUAUAAAGAGUCCGAAAAAGGUGGAAAUGAAGGCAGCAAAGCCCAAAAAGGUAGUGCAGAAGGCAGCGAAACCCAAAGCUGUUAAAGCAAAGAAGGCUCCAACAAAGAAAACGGCCAAGAAGUAA